UCUCUCCAGCCUCUGCGUGUCUCUGCCGUUCACAUACACACAGGAGACUACAAGCAGGAAGUAGAAGAAAAACAACUGAUAGGAGCUCAUGAAAACAAGGAAGUAAACGCUGUCGGAUCGAAGCAGGAGCCCCUUUUAUGCUGUAAAGUGAACGCAGAUCCGUCGACAGCUCAGUAAUAGAAUUAAAAGCACCACGGCUGUGCUAAGGAAGUUAGCCGUCAAGCUAAUUCCUCCACUUUUUUCACAAAACAAGCCUUAGACGGAGAAACAGGAAGGAGACAAAGACAAUCCUUUUAUCCCCAGAAUUAUUAUCAGCCACCAUGGACCAAAAAGAGGUACCCCAGGAUGGAGCUUUGGGGCUGAAACAUGAGGAGCUGCCACAGAUGGAUGGGUCAUGUGAUGCCUGCGAGCCUGACGAGGCACAACCGGCCACACACGUGUGCUACACUUGCAGCUUCGCCUUCUGCUCCAUCCAUGCUGACAGACAUGCCAGCAGCACACAUCACCCCAUAAUGCCUUACAAUCACGAGGGGACACAGGCUAAUGGACUUGGCAACAGCAGAGACUUUAGAGUCGGAGAUGGAGCUGAGGAUGAGGCUGGUGUGGAGAGGGCAUUCGGGAUGGCCGCUAAUCAGGACAUGGCGCUUCUCGGAGGGGCCAUGGCUAAAGUCGAUGAGAGUGGUGAUGCUGUGGAAAAAGAUGGAGCUCAGAAUGGCGUGCAGCUGGAGGCUGAGCCCGGCGAUGGGGCACAGGGCGCAGAAGCAGGGCAGGAGGCCGCGGCGGCCGGAGAGGCUGGGAAGAAUAACAACGUGACAGUAGAGAGACUGCGCUGCAAGGAGCAUGAGCAGGAAGGCUCCCUCUACUGUAAAAAUGAUGAGAAAGUCAUCUGCGUGGUGUGUGCCGUGCAAGGUGAGCAUCGCGAGCAUGAGAUCAUCACGCUGUUUGAGGCCUACGUCUGGCAGAAGAGCAGGGAGGGGUAUGACCUGCUGGGCUGUACACAGCGGAUGUCUGAGACAAUCAAGACCAGGUGGACCAACCCCGAGAUGUCAGUAGAAGAGCUGGAGGCCUAUGUGAACAGCCAGUUCGAUGAGCUACGCAGACUGGUGCGUCUGGAGGAGAAGAGGACCCUUCAUCUGGUAGACCUCAAAGAAGCCUUCCUAACGGCAUCCGCUGCUGAGAAAAUCGCUGAGAUCUCUGUCGAAACGGAGCGCCUGCAGGAGGAGAUGGCCAACAUCACACACCAGCUGUGCCUGCUGGAAAAGGCGGAGGCGUUGGGCCCUGCGGGGGCAGCAGUAGCUCUAGCAGCGGUACCAGCCCACAGAGUCCAGCGCGACAUUGAGGCCAGGCCAAGGUUUCCAGAGCCAAGGGCACACCCCAUGGACCCCCGGGACUUUGAUGACAAUGAUUCUGGACCAUCCAUGGACCACGCCCCCUGAUACCAGCAGACCUGACUCCUACCAUCCACCUGUCCUUCAGUCUCUGCUACUGCCAGCCAUCGGCCCCUUUGAGCUGUCAGGCUGGCCCCUCUAAACCCCCUCACUCUCUGUCAGCCAUCUCGCUUUUACCCCUCUCACCUCUCCCCUCAUGGUGCCUGCUGGCAGUGAGCUGACCUUGAAGAGGGCUGCUGUGACAAAUAUGGAUGGCCAUGUCUUUUUCUGAUCCCCAACUUUUGUAAUACCAUACUCGCUCCUAACUUUCUUAAAUGAAAGCACACAAGUUAUGUGCAAUCAAUUACCAUUAGGGAUACUCCGAUCGCCAAUUUCGGGGCCGAUCGCCGGAAUCAGUAUCGGCCGAUCCGAUCGAGUGGGCGGGCCUAAAUGGAAGAUUUAAACAUCACUUUAAAUCUUCCAUUUAAAGUGAUGUUUAAAACUUAGUUAAUGGGGCUCAUUCACUGGAGCUUCCACAAACAACAAUCAACUUAAUUAUUACAUUCAAAUGAUGUACAUUAUUCAAGUUUACAUUCACUUUGGAUAAUA